AUGCCGCUGCUGACCUCGCUGGCCUUUGCCCCUGUGCUGCUGAAGACAGGGGGGGUUUUCUUGACUUCUUACGGGCCAGCGGCAACAGCAACAGGGAGUGCAGCAGCAGCAGCAACUGUGGGGGGGGGAGCAGCAGCAGCAGGAGGCAAAGUCUUGGGCCUCGCAAUGCUCACUAAGGGAGUUUCGAGUGCAGCAAAAAGCGGCGCCUUUACUAAAGUUGGCGGCGGCGCAGCAGCAGCAAGCCACGGGCUGCUGCACGGGCCGCCAGCAGCAGCAGCAGCAGCAACAGCAGCAGCAGCAGGGGCCCCUGCAGCAGGUGGCGUGCCGGGCGCUGCUGUUGCAGCCGGAGCGCCGAUGACGGCAGCGGCGGCGUUGCCAGCGUCUGCUGCUGCAGUUCCUGCUGCUGCUGCAGUUCCUGCUGCUGCUGCUGUGCCCGGCGCUGCUGCUGUUCCCGCUGCUGCUGCUGCUGCUCCCUUGGUCCCGGGGGCAGCAGCAGCGGCGCCGUUCGGCGGCGCAGCAGCAGCCGCGCCCGCAGCAGCAGCCGCGCCCGCAGCAGCAGCAGCAGCAGCAGCAAGCGCUGCAGCAGGGCACGGGAAGCAGAUAACGAUGAUCGCAACUGUGGCUGGCGUGAUGGCGCUGCGAGCAGCAGCAAACAGGUACUGGCUUCGUGCUGCUGCUGCUGCAGCACCGAGAAGCAGAUUAGUCCGCAGAGUGGCCAGAUGGUGCAAAGAAGAACAAAUAGCUUUGGAGACGGAGACGGAGUUCGAGGCGAUCCCGCAGCUGCCGUUUGAGGAGGAGGGCAAGCCCCGCGCUGCUGCUGCUGCUGCUGCUGCUGCUGCAGCAGACGGCAGCAGCAGCAGCAGCGCCUCCGCCGCCAGGCUCACGGAGGCGGGACUCACGGAUAUUGAAACUACUGCCUCCACGCAGGAAAACAGAAAAAAAAGAAGAGUGACUUAUGUCCGGAGGGCGCGGGGAAACCUGCACCGGUUUCUCUGA